AUGAGUAUUUUCCAGGAGAUUGGUAAAUUGGUGGAUGAUGCUACUUGGCGAUACAGGGUACAUGAUGGAUUUGAUGUCACACCUAGCGACACUUUCAAACAAAUCGUCUCCAAGGUAUUCUUCCCUGUCGAGAAUGUUUGGAGAACAGCCAGUUACUAUAGCCUUCGCGAAAUGUAUCAACCAAAUUUGGGUGAAUAUCGCCAAUCAAAAAGUUUCUCUUCGUUAGCACCAAGCAAUGGAAUACCUUAUGAGGAUCGUGACACUCAACGAUACUUUGGAACAUUUCGAAGUUAUGUGCCGAAACAGGCAGAAUGGAAACUUGCACUGGAAAAGUACUCGAAGCCAAGAAUUUACCGGAAACGUUUGUUGAAAACGAAGGCAGAAAUGAACGAGGCUGUGUCUGAACUGAAACUAAAACCGUCCUAUCAGAAGCUGAACGAAUUCCCGACAUCAACAUCCAGAAUAGAUAAUUAUAAUUUAUAUUGGCGAGGUCGUUUGAAUGGUGUCUUUGGGACAGGAGCAUUAUUUUAUCCAUCAAACUUCAUAGGGGAGGAAGAUCGACGAUACGAACGAAUCUAUUGGGGCCAAAACUGGAUGAAUUACAUAACACCGAGUGCAAGACAUGCUACUAGUUUAUUACUUUCAGCAUACUGA